GAACCAUCUUUGGGGAGAGCACGAUGCAGAUUUUCGUCAAGACCCUCACGGGCAAGACUAUCACCCUUGAGGUGGAGUCUUCGGACACCAUCGACAAUGUCAAGUCCAAAAUCCAAGACAAGGAGGGAAUCCCACCGGACCAGCAGCGCUUGAUCUUCGCCGGCAAGCAGCUCGAGGAUGGCCGCACCCUCUCCGACUACAAUAUCCAGAAGGAGUCGACCCUCCACUUGGUCCUUCGCCUGCGUGGUGGCAUGGCUAAGAAGCGCAAGAAGAAGGUGUACACCACCCCAAAGAAGAUCAAGCACAAGCGCAAGAAGACCAAGUUGGCUGUGCUCAAGUACUACAAGGUGGACGGUGAUGGCAAGAUCGAGCGUCUGCGACGAGAGUGCCCAGCCGAGACCUGCGGUGCCGGUAUCUUCAUGGCUGCCAUGCACAACCGCCAGUACUGCGGUCGCUGCCACCUGACCUACGUUUUCGACGAUCCAAAGUAAAGUAGCGCUUCCGAAAGUGUAAGGGAUCUGAACGUGCGCGCGGCGGUUUAGAGAACUCGGACGUACUGGAUCCUGAGUUGAGAACAUCGUUAGUUAGCACGAAUGGAAAUUGAUGGUCAAUACAAGGCACGGCACGGCAAAUGAG